AUGACGACCUCGGCCACGACCAUCCUCCCCAGGUUCCUCCUCCCGGCCAUGGGCCCCAUGUGGCGCGCAGCAGCGACCUCGGCCGGCCGGCCGGCCGCCGCAACCCUCCGCCGGAACACCGCGUGGACGAUUCGGUACGCUUCGUCUGCGUCGAAGCCGACCGGCGCGGGCCAGAAGGGACCCCUCAUCCUCGAGAAGCCCGCCAAGUUCAAUCCGCCCUCCCACGGCGCCCGGCUGCCCAAGAAGAACGGCCCGAAGCACUACGGCGGUCCCCUCAGCGCGCAGGAGGUGCGAGCGCAACGGACGCGCGAAUACCCCGGCAUGAUGGCCCCCGAGGGCACAUGGGCACACUGGUUCUUCAACAACCGCAAAAUCCAUCUCUUCAUCUCGCUGGGAACUCUCACAACGCUGGCCAUCACGACGCUGACCCUCAACUUCACGCAAACCUCGCCCUUCAAGCACCUCCUCCCCCCGGCGUCCGACUUCUGGAGCAGCCCGAUCGAGUUCGUCCGCACGUGGGUCCACGUCCUGCAGCUGCACGAGCGCGACCGCAACGAGAAGGCCAUCGCCAUGCACUCGCGCCACACCGACGACGUCGCCAAACGCCAUUACUACCGCAAGGCCCACGGGCUUGACAAGGAAAACCCCAUUGCCAACUUCCUUGGCAUGAAGGAGGAGUCGGAGGAGGAGAAGGCGGCGGCCGUCGCUGCAGCCGAGGCGUCACCCGUGGCUGGGGACGCUGCCGCGAUCGUGCCCGUGGAGGGAGAGGGGGAGAAGAGCAACAAGAAGAAGUGGUUCGGCCUCUUUUGA